AUGGAUAAAAGGAAUAAUACAAAUAUUUCUGAUUUUAUCAUGAUGGGAUUAACAGGUUCGGCUGAGAUCAGGCUGGUCCUAUUUCUGCUCUUUCUGCUGAUAUAUCUGAUCACCAUGCUGGGAAAUUCAGGGAUGAUUUUGAUGAUCCACCUGGAUCUUCAACUUCACACUCCCAUGUAUUUUUUCCUCAGCCAUCUCUCAUUUCUUGACCUUAGUUACUCAACUGUUAUCAUACCUAAAAGCUUAGAGAACUUAAUAGCAUCCACCACGAAUAUGUUCUAUGUGAGAUGCUUCACACAUUUGUACUUUUUUUUUUUUGUCUUUUUGGGAGCUGCUGAAUGUUUUCUUCUCUUCUCAAUGGCCUAUGAUAGCUAUGUCGCUAUCUGCAAUCCUUUACAGUACCCGGUUAUUAUGUCCUCAAAAUUCUGCUACUCACUCACCCUUGGGUCCUAUUUGAUUGGUUUUACAGUCUCUUCUGUCAAUGCCCUUUGCAUGAGUAGACUGCAUUUCUGUGACUCCAAUAUAAUCCAUCAUUUUUUCUGUGACACAUCACCCAGAUUAGCUGUCUUACACAGACACACACAAAGAAACAGUGAUUUUUGUUUAUGCAGGUUCCACCUCAUGGUGUCCCUGAUUACCAUCUCUUUUUCUUAUGCAUCCAUUCUCUCUACUAUUUUGAAAAUUAAUUCCUCCUCAGGAAGGCAAAAAGCCUUCUAUUCUUGUGCUGAUUUUCAAAGUCUUUUUUAUGGUGCUUAA